AUGGGCGUGAUACGAUGGUGCGUGCAGCGUGCUGUGGAGGUCGACGUGGACGCAAGAUUGGCGGAGAGGCUUGGGGAGGUAGAGCAGCGAGUGAGAGCGGAAGAGAGGAAGAGGACCGACGAGGAAGAGAGGAGGAGGGUUGAGGAGGAAGAGAGGAAGAGGGUUGAAAAGGAAGAGAGGAAGAGGGUUGAAAAGGAAGAGAGGAAGAGGGUUGAAAAGGAAGAGAGGAAGAGGGUUGAAGAGAAAGAGAGGAAGAAGAGGAGGGAACUGAAGAGGGAAGCGAGUCAGGCACUAGCGUGGGCGGCGAGGCGGGAGGAGGAGUUGAAGGCAGCAGUGAGGGAGGCGGAGAGGGCGGUGACGGGGCUGGAGGAGAGCGUUGAGGAAAAGGUGGAGAAGAUACUGGUGCGCGUGGCCAUGCUCCAAAGCGCCAUGGACGGUGGGGAGCUCUUUCAAUGCGCCGAAGCAGAGCGCAAGCGAGCUCGUAUGGCUGAUGGGUCCGCUGCUCCCCGCACGAGGGAGACGUUACAAAUAUGCCUCGCUACCCGUUCUUCCCGUCGCCCCUACCUUCCUUCCUUCAACUCUCUCCUCGUCCUCCGUCCGUCCGUCUCUCCACCCACCAUCCACCCCUCCUCCCACCGUCCGUCCAUCCUGGAAGCAUUUCAUCUGCAAGCCCUUAACCGUGCACAGGCAGCCCCUCUCGCCGUUACCCCACUCGGCCGUUCUCGCCCCUUUGAUGCUCCCCUACUCCCUGUUGCCUGGCAGCACCUGGCAGCCCUCUCCACUUAUGCAGAGGCGGUGAGAGGGAAGUCACAGGAGGUGAAGACGCUGGUGCGUGGGCUGUGGACGAAGCAUGUCUUGGUUGGUGGGGAGAAGCAGCUUGAGGAAGGAGGGGAGGAGGACGAGGAAGAGGAAGAGGAGGUUGAGGAGGAGGAGAAGGAGGAAGUGGAGGAAACAGAGAGAGAGCAAGAGAUGGAGAGAGGGGAGGAGAUGGAGAGAGGAGAGAAGGUGGAGAGAGAGGAAGAGAAGGAGAGAGAGCAGGAGAUGGAGAGAGCAAGGCAGAGUGAGAGAGAGGAGGAGACGGAGAGAGAGGAGAGAAAGCAGAGAGAUGAGGGGAAGCAGAGGGAAGAGAUGAAGAGGGAGGAGGAGAAGGGGAGGGCGGAGGAAGAGAGAGAGGAGGAGAAGGAGAGAGAGGAGGAGGAGAGAGAAGAGGAGAUGGAGAGAAAGGAGGAGAAGGAGAGAGAGGAGAAUGAGAGAGAGAGGGAGGUGGAUAGAGAGGGUGAUGUGGAUAGGGAGAAGGAGAAGGAAAGAGAUGAGGAGGAGGAGGAGCAUGAGCAGCAGGAGAGAGAGGGGGAGGAGGAGAAGGAGGAGAAGAAAAUAGAGGAGGAGAUGGAGAGAGAGGAGGAGGUGGUGAGAGAGGAGGAGGUGGAGAGAGAGGAGGAGGAGAGAGAUGAUGAUGAGGAGGUGGAGCAGAUGGAGCAGGAGGAGGAGAGUGAGGAGAAGGAGGAAGAGGCGGUUGUACAGGGGCAGGAGCAGCUGAAAGAAGAAAUGGAGAUUGAGACGGGGUUCAAGACGGACGAGGGGAUGAACGGUGGGGAUGAAGCUGUCCAUCGAGUUGUAAAGGAAGAGAUCUGGGAAGACUUGCCUGAAGGGCGAGGUGAAGGGCGAGAGGGAGGGCUAGAAGGAGGGCGAGGGAAGGAGCGAGGGGAAGAGGGAGGGCUUGAAGGAGGGCGAGCGGUAGAGCGAGAGGGAGGGGAAGAGGGAGGGCGGGAAGGAGGGAGAGGGGAAGAGCGAGAGGGAGAGAAAGAGGGAGGGCGAGUAGGAGGGCGAGUAGGAGGGAGAGGGGAAGAGCGAGAGGGAGAGAAAGAGGGAGGGCGAGUAGGAGGGCGAGGGGAAGAGCGAGAGGGAGGCCAAGCGCGAGAAGGAGGGCAAGCGGAAGCGGCAGAGGAGGAGAGGGAAGGGGUUAAUGCAAUGAAAGAAGAGGGAAACAAUGAUGCUCUGAUUCUGCAGGAUAUUUCACAAGAUGCAGGGUUAGAGGUCACAAGGGGACCAGGGCAGACAGGUGCACAAGCGAGGGGAGGGCAAGCUCUGGUGCAAACCUCAACUGUGGUACAGGUCAUGACAGAGGAGGCGAUGAAGGCAGCAGCACAGACAGAGAUCGAGUCGUUGCUACGCUCUCUCCCACCAAACGAGCGAGAGCGUGCCAGUGCCCUGAUCGACCAGGUCAUUUUCUUCCUCUCACUGCAGCUCCCCUCAGCAGCGCACAUCACAGUCCAGGACCGCAAAUAUGGCUUUGGGACCCUGGGCGACGACCAACCUCUCCACUUCCUCUUUGCCCUCGCUCCCUGCUGCCGUCCCGACCUUCCUCCCACUCUCACCGCGCUCACUCUCACUGGUCUCGCCCCUGUCUCUGCUCGCAACAUGGAAUGCAUUCUCCGCCUGCCCUCUCUCACCUCGCUCACCCUCCGCCGCACUUCCAUCGCAUCAGAAGCCGCGCCGCUGCUGCGCUCCUCCUCUCGCCUACACAGGCUUGUCCUUGACAGCCCUGAAGAUUCCGACCCAGUCUUUGAACCCCAUUCUCAAAGCCCCGUAGGGCUACAUGACAACCAGCUGGUUCGGAGUCUAAAGGAGCUGCACAUCAGUGCAGUCACUGAUGAGAUUCUACAGCAGGUUGGCUUGCUGGUGGGCCUUGAGGCCUUUUCCUGUACGUGCAGUGAUAGAGUGACCCUUGAGGGAUGGAAGCACCUCAGUAUGCUAACCACGCUGAGAUCCCUGCAGGUCGCCCCCGAACACAUGUACCGCCAUGACUUGGUCCUCACGCUUGUCAACGAUGGCCUUCCAGAAGUCUCCAUGUCCUUCCGUGGUCAGUCAUUGGCAGACUCGGGUUUCCACGCAAGCGAGUCCCACACCCGUGUGGGUGGCAGCCUGUGGCAGGUGCUGCCUGGUCUGCAGCGCUUGGAGCGACUCGCCUUGCAUGCGGUGCAGCGUGGGGAGCUGACCUGGCGGUCCCUGUACCGGCUCAAGUUGCUCAAAACUCUCCACAUCAGCAGCAGUUCCCUGGGUCGUUCCACCAUGUCGCCCUGGCUGACUUGGUUGACGGACAUGAGCCUGGCAGGAUGUAAGUUUGACGCAGAUGCAGCCAUGCUCUGUGUCACCGAGCUGGUUUCUCUGGACCUAUCCGGAUCCUCCAUCAGCUGUAAGGGUGCCAAGCAGCUGCAGUCGUUUAGGCGCCUGCAGUGCUUAAAGCUACAGCAGUGUGUGAACAUCCGGGCAACGUUUGUGCGGCAUGUGAGUGAGGUGCCGCAGCUGAAGAUGUUGGAUCUUAGCUUCAAUCCCUGGCUGCAGCCUAGAUGGCUGCGGCCUAUCUUGACGGGGAAGCGAGUAACGAUGCUGCUUGUAAAAGGGUGUUUUACGCAGACGCAGCUAAAAAAUCUUCAGCGGUCUUGGAUUGUUGUGGAACCGACGUGA